AACGAAGACACCCACCUGGGCAAGCCUCAGGACUGUCUCCCAUGCUAAAUUCGUUGUGCAAACACCAGCUGUUCUAAACUCUACUAGUACUCGGUACCUAGGUUAUGUUUGCCAACUGCCAGCUCGGGCUCCCGGGCGUGCCCUAGGGUAGAUGGGGGUCAAUGCUACCUCGUCCGGGGACAGGAACAGCCGAACAAGGGCUCUUAGGUAAUCCCCUCUCUUCCCAGACAAGUGACUUCGCUCCAGAAUGUUUGCCAGUUGUUCUUCCAAGUCACGAGGUAUCGGUCAACGCAGUUUCAGCUGCUCCGCGCAAACCAUUGGUUUUUGGGUUUUCUUGCCGUUUUCUGUGAGACUGCUUUGUUAGGGGGCCAUGCAAGCCUCAACUACGGCUGCGCUGCUGGUCGCGGGAUCGGCGCCGGGCGGGACGCGGCGCAGGUUGAGCUUCCGGCGGGUUGAGAGAUGGGCUGAGCCGGACCAGCCCGAGGGGGGCAAAUCUAAAUCGAAAGAAGCUGUCGAGCUGCUCCUGUGGUCUGAUAUUGAGGAGUGGCAGCAGCGCGGCAGUGACCACAUCCAGACUGGGUAUCGGCGGGCCUGCGGGAACGUGAAGGGUUGCCUUCUGAGUUGGACUUACAUCCACAAUGAGACAGUGAACAUCUGGUCGCACAUCCUCGGCGCCCUUGUCUUCACCAGCCUCACAGCCCUCGUCCUGACCGAGAUCCCGGCCCGGUACCACGCCGCCACGGCCGCCGACUUCGCCGUCUGCAGCACCUAUUUCGUCGGCGUGGCGGUAUGCUUCGCCCUGUCGACGGCCUUCCACACCCUCAUGGCCCACAGCGAGGCCGUCUACCUCCUCAACAUGAAGCUCGACUUCCAGGGCGUGCUGAUCCUCAUGUGGGCCGCCACCGUCCCGCUCGUCUACUACACCUUUCCCUGCGAGGGUGACCGGUACCUGCGGGCGGGCUACUGGGCUCUCAUCUCCGGGCUCGCGGUCACCUGCUCGGCCGUCACGUUCCUGCCGCGCUUCAGUGGGCCGCACCUCGGCCCCUAUCGCGCGCUGUUGUUUGGGACCUUUGGCGCUGGGAGUUUUGCGCUGCCUAUUGCGCAUGGGGCAGUUAGGCAUGGCUUGGGGGAGGAGUGGGAGAGGGUUGGGCUGGGCUGGGUCUUGUGGACGGUGGUGUGUGAUGGUGUUGGGGUCCUGGUAUAUGGGCUGAAGUUCCCGGAGAGAUGGUUCCCUCGACGCUUCGAUCUCUUUGGGGCGAGCCAUCAACUGAUGCACAUAUUCGUGGUUCUGGCGGCGCUCACAUACACCUGUGCGGUGAUAUCGGCCUUUGAUCACCGGUAUGAAAAGGGUGCCGUUUGUUGA